CCCCUUUUAGGAAGGCUAGAGAAUUUUAUGCUGUUGGAGAAUAUAACCCUGAUGGUUGCUUGCACAGAGGGGAAAAGCAGAGAGGAAUACGGGAAUCGUCCUGUGCAAUCCCUAUUGUUUGAAACUUACUUUGUAUCAGAAAUUGAAGAUGAGAACGGGAAAGAAAUGGAGAAAAUUCAGUAGCUUCCAAGUCUAAUGUUUUACAGAUAACUGAAGGAAUUUUACAAAUGCUUAUUUUUGUGUUGAGAAAAUGACUGCAGAUAUAGAAGAAAAUAUAGAUUGUUGGAAAAGAAUACCCGUCAAAAAGUGGAAUGUCCAAUAGCUAAUCUGGAAAUAAUAUAAAUCUAUCUGUUAUGGUGCGAUUCUGGCGUGGAGUUAACUCUGUAGCACACAGGUAGCCCUCCAAGGAGAAAAUAAACUUUCAGUUUUUCUAAAUUAUGGAAAUUUUUUGGAAGGCGUGGACAUGGAUUUUGAGCUUAGUCGUCGUUUCAUCGGAAUUUCACAGUGACAAGAGGCUUUCAUAUAGUUCUCAAGAGGAAUUCCUGUCUCACCUUGAACACUACCAACUAACAAUCCCAAUAAGGGUUGAUCAAAAUGGAGCCUUCCUCAGCUUUACUGUGAAAAAUCCUAAACCCUCAAGGAGGAGGAGGAGCACGGACCCUUAUGAUCCAGAACUGGCAGCAUCUAAAUUAUUUUUUAAACUUUCUGCCUAUGGCAAGCACUUUCAUUUAAACCUGACUCUCAACACAGAUUUGGUAUCCAGACAUUUUACAGUAGAAUACUGGGGGAAAGAUGGACCUCAAUGGAAACACAGUUUUUUAGACCACUGUCACUACACAGGAUAUUUGCAAGACCAGCAUAGUACAACUAAAGUGGCCUUAAGCAACUGCGAUGGUCUGCAUGGAGUUAUUGCUACCGAAGAUGAAGAGUAUUUUAUAGAGCCUUUAAGGAAUGUAACAAAAAAUUCCAGUAAACUUAAUUAUGAAAAUGGUCAUCCUCAUGUUAUUUACAAAAAAUCUACGAUGCACCAACAACAUCUCUAUGAUGAUGGUCACUGUGGAAUCUCAGAAGACCUCCCAAGAAGCAGGAAGCCUUGGUGGAUGAGUGAUGCAUCUGCUUCUCCAACUACACUGCCAGUUAAUGACACGCUAAACAGCCACGGUCGACAGAAGAGAUCCGUAAGCCUGGAACGGUUUGUGGAGACGCUGGUAGUAGCAGAUAAAAUGAUGGUGGGAUACCAUGGUCGCAAAGACAUUGAACAUUACAUUUUAAGUGUAAUGAAUAUUGUUGCCAAACUUUAUCGUGAUUCCAGUCUAGGAAACGUUGUGAAUAUUAUAGUGACUCGUUUAAUUGUCCUCACUGAAGAUCAGCCAAACUUGGAGAUAAACCACCAUGCAGACAAGUCCCUCGAUAGCUUCUGUAAGUGGCAGAAAUCCAUUCUCUCCCACCAAAGUGAUGGAAACACCAUUCCAGAAAAUGGGAUUGCCCACCAUGAUAAUGCGGUUCUUAUUACUAGAUAUGAUAUCUGCACGUACAAAAACAAGCCUUGUGGAACACUGGGCUUGGCCUCUGUGGCUGGAAUGUGUGAGCCUGAAAGGAGCUGCAGCAUUAAUGAAGACAUUGGCCUAGGUUCAGCUUUUACCAUUGCACAUGAGAUUGGUCACAAUUUUGGUAUGAAUCAUGAUGGAAUUGGAAAUUCCUGUGGGACCAAAGGUCAUGAAGCAGCAAAGCUAAUGGCAGCUCAUAUUACAGCAAACACCAACCCUUUCUCUUGGUCAGCCUGCAGUCGGGAUUACAUCACCAGUUUUUUGGAUUCAGGCCGUGGUACUUGCCUUGAUAAUGAGCCUCCCAAGCGUGACUUUCUUUAUCCAGCUGUGGCCCCAGGUCAGGUGUAUGAUGCUGAUGAACAGUGUCGCUUCCAGUAUGGAGCAACAUCCCGCCAAUGUAAAUAUGGGGAAGUGUGUAGAGAGCUCUGGUGCCUCAGCAAAAGUAACCGCUGUGUCACCAACAGCAUUCCAGCAGCUGAAGGUACCCUUUGCCAAACAGGGAGCAUAGAGAAGGGGUGGUGUUACCAGGGGGAGUGUGUACCUUUUGGCACUUGGCCUCAGAGCAAGGAUGGCGACUGGGGUCCGUGGUCAAUAUGGGGAGAGUGCAGCAGGACCUGCGGGGGAGGAGUCUCCUCGUCUAUAAGACACUGUGACAGUCCAGCGCCUUCAGGAGGAGGAAAAUAUUGUCUUGGAGAAAGGAAACGAUACCGCUCCUGUAAUACUGAUCCAUGUCCUUCAGGGGCCCGUGAUUUUCGAGAAAAACAAUGUGCAGACUUUGAUAAUAUGCCUUUCCGGGGAAAGUACUAUAACUGGAAACCCUACACUGGAGGUGGGGUUAAACCGUGUGCAUUAAACUGCUUGGCUGAAGGUUAUAAUUUUUACACUGAACGUGCUCCUGCAGUAAUAGAUGGGACUCAGUGCAAUGCUGAUUCACUGGAUAUCUGUAUAAACGGAGAAUGCAAGCAUGUAGGUUGUGAUAAUAUUUUGGGGUCUGAUGCAAAGGAAGAUAGAUGUCGUGUUUGUGGAGGAGAUGGGAGUACGUGUGAAGCCAUUGAAGGUUUCUUCAAUGAUUCAUUGCCCAGAGGAGGCUAUAUGGAAGUGAUUCAGAUUCCGAGGGGUUCUGUGCACAUUGAAGUAAAAGAAGUGGCAAUGUCAAAGAACUACAUUGCUUUAAAAUCUGAAGAGGAUGACUACUAUAUUAAUGGUGCCUGGACUAUAGACUGGCCAAGAAAGUUUGAUGUUGCUGGAACAGCUUUCCAUUACAAGAGACCAACAGACGAACCCGAGUCUUUGGAAGCCCUAGGCCCUACAUCAGAAAAUCUCAUAGUCAUGAUUCUGCUACAGGAACAAAAUUUGGGUAUAAGGUAUAAAUUCAAUGUUCCCAUCUCUCGCACUGGCAGUGGAGACAAUGAAGUUGGCUUUGCAUGGAAUCAUCUGCCUUGGUCAGAAUGUUCUGCCACUUGUGCUGGAGGUGUGCAGAAACAAGAGGUGGUGUGUAAAAGGCUGGAUGACAACUCCGUUGUGCAGAACAAUUACUGUGAUCCCGACAGUAAACCUCCAGAAAACCAAAGAGCCUGCAACACUGAGCCUUGUCCACCUGAAUGGUUUAUAGGAGAUUGGUCAGAAUGUAGUAAGACCUGUGAUGGUGGAAUGCGUUCACGAACAGUUCUCUGCAUCAGAAAGAUUGGACCUUCUGAGGAGGAGACACUGGAAAAUACUAACUGUUUAACACACCGGCCUGUUGAAAAAGAGCCCUGUAAUAACCAGUCCUGUCCCCCACAGUGGGUCGCUUUGGACUGGUCAGAAUGCACACCAAAGUGUGGCCCCGGAUUUAAGCACCGAAUUGUUCUCUGCAAAAGCAGCGAUCUUUUAAAAACUUUCCCAGCUGCUCAGUGCCAAGAGGAAAGCAAACCUCCAGUCCGCAUCCGCUGCAGUUUAGGCCGGUGUCCUCCUCCUCGCUGGGUUACUGGAGACUGGGGACAGUGUUCUGCACAGUGUGGCCUUGGGCAGCAGAUGCGAACAGUACAGUGCCUCUCGUACACCGGACAAGCAUCCAGUGAGUGUCCAGAAACACUCAGACCUCCAUCAAUGCAACAGUGUGAAAGCAAAUGUGACAGUACUCCCAUUUCCAACACGGAAGAGUGCAAAGAUGUGAACAAAGUGGCAUAUUGCCCACUGGUGCUGAAGUUCAAGUUCUGCAGUCGAGCAUAUUUCAGACAGAUGUGCUGCAAGACCUGCCAAGGACACUGACCCACAGAAAGCAUGAGAAUGUGCCUUGUUAUUAUCGUUGUGGAAAAGUGUCCAUCGAGGAGAGCCACACAGCGGAAUGAGAUUGACGUCCUUGCAAACGCAUUACCCUGUGGAAAACGUAACCACUGGUCAGCCCCAGCUGACAGGAUUUCAAUAUUAUUUUAACUUCUGUGAAGUGGGAUUUAUUCAUCCAAAGUGCUGGACACGGUAUGAGGAGGGCAUGCCAAAUUGGAAAGAUCCACACAACACAUAUAGAAUAGCUUACUGUGGAACAUUUGUGUUCUUUUGACUAAAUUCAAUAGUCUGUUUACCUCCUUGGACCAUUAAAAUAAUUUUUAUUAUGGACUUAGCAAUGACACUGAAUCCAUUUGUAUUUAAAACUGUUUAAAAUGUAGCUGUUAUGACUUGGUCUACUAUGGAAGUAAAGAAGAAUCAAAAAACUGUUAAGUCAUAGCUUUAAAAUGUUAACUAUUUUAUCUUACAACAUAGCACCACAAUUUAAAUUAUAAAAUGAGCUUGGAAAUGUUAUUUAAGGAGCAGAAAUUUAAAAAAAAAAUGUAUUUUUCCUUCAUUCCACUUAAUUCCCUUUGGAGUAAUCCAUAUUUCCUGAACACUGCUGUGAGCCAUAUAUAAAGCUAUACUAAAUAGAACAACCAUGAGGGACUUAGUUUUAAGAGGUGCAACAGUUAUUGCAGUGGUGCAUGAAAUACAAGUGUGCUAUGAAGUGAAAUGAAAUCUGUGUUGCAGGUUUAUAGCCAUCUUACCAUUGUACAAAUGAAGCUGAGAUUUCCACUAAAAGGGAAAAUAUUUCAAUAUCACAGAGGAGGCAGACUCCAGUAGUGGUGAAAACCGUGUUGUCAAGUCUUUCGCUACCAGGUACAGGUUGCCUAAAACUUAACACCUUGACUCCAGCUCACUUUUGUUUACAUCACUGGCCACAAAGAAGCAGCAGCUUCGUGGGCCUCCAGUUCUGUUUUACAUGUUACUUUUGACACCCAGGACUUCCAGUGCGAAAGAUAAGCCUACUGUCUAAUAGCAACAUCCCUUUGCAAAAUUGGCCAAGAGUUAUAAUGGAUUUCAGGUCCCCUUCUUUGAUACUGUAGUUGAAGGGCUUUGUUUAUGAGAACAAAUAUGUGAAUGUGCAGUUCAGGAGACCCCAGCAGAGUGGGUAAGGAUUGCAACCAAAGAAUAAAGGACUUGGGGAGAUAUCUAGAACCUGUCAAGUAAAAGGUCCAAAGUGUGCCUGACCCAAGAGGCCUAUGUAAGGCACACUGGAAUAGGUGUGGCUGGAGCGAGGUAUGGUCCUAUAUAUAAAGCUGGAUCUUAUUUAAAGCUAGGGGCAGCUUUCAGCCUGAAGCUGGAGCAAAUUCAUGCCUCUAGAUUUAUAGUUAGAUGCCACAAUUGCUCUACUGCCAUACUCCACUUCUUACCGUAUUUCCUAUAUUCACCAAAUACUUUGCAUUUAAAUGUGAAACCAAACUGCUUAGGCAGGUCACAUUUCAAGAAGCUAGCAUAAAAAAAGUAAAUGUCAUGCUCCUCUUCCCCUUCACUUCUCAAUAACUGACUCAAAAGGAGAUAAGGAAAGUGGGUACUUGUUAAUAUUAAUAUAUUGUACUUGAACACUUGCAGUUUGCAGCAGGUACUUGAUGAAUGUGCUUUUGUGUCCAAUGAUGCCUCCUUCAUUGUAGUGCAAUUAAAAUUGUGUGAACAGUAACAUGUUAAAAAUUCUAGCUCACAUAGCACUUUCUUUAAAAAAAAAAGUACUUUUCGGUGAAAAAAGAUCAAAAAAUCAUGUGGGAUUGAAGUGUAUCAAUGUAUUUAACCAAUAACAAGCCAGAUAUGUUGCACACUCUUUACAAAUGUGAAUUAACAUGGAAAAAUGGAUAUUUUUAACAGGACCUGUACAAUGACACCCCCUUGCCCCCUGACAUAUCGACCAUCUGUAUGUGGGAUUUUGCAUAGCCCACAUAUUCGUGAUCAUCAGAUCCCAGUCAUCUGCUACCUCUUGCCAGUAUUUUCACCUGCUUACACCUGUGACCGGUGGAAUUCAUUUUUGGUUGGCCUGCAUGUGUUGGUGUAUGCUUCUCUGCUGAUCUCAUCACCAUGUACUCAACUCCUCUUAGAACAGACACCAGAAAAAAAACAUCUUUGGGAGUUGUGCAUAUGUAUUAAAUGGCAGUAUUAGUCCUUCUCUGUUAAGCGAAUCACCUUUUGAUAUCCUUUUGACAAAACAUCUUGGUGCUAGCAUGCCCUGGUUAGGUCAAAAAUCCAAUAAAAGGGAAAGGGGUUGCUAUGGCAUUCUCUAAGCAAGAGGCCUCUUUAUAUCAGGGUCUGUUUUUCUCCAGGGCACAAUUGUGUUUAUCAGCUAACGUGUCUUUUCAGCUAACAAGGAAAAGUUGUUGUUUUUUUUUUUUUUUUAAUGUAUUCAAAAGAAACCUUUUUUUUACCUCAUUUAGGACAUUAAAAUUGUAAGGAGUAUUUCCAAAGACACAUUUUGCUCUCUUUACUGGUGCUAGAACACUAGGGAGUCUGAUGUUUACUCUGAAAUGUAACAGCACUGAGGUUGGAAUUUAAAGAACUCCCUGGAGCAACAUUGAAUUGUAUUGUUAAAGGGAACAAAACACAGAAUGUAUUUGGAUUUACAAACUAAGCAACACUUCAUACUAAGACCUAAACACGAAACCUAAUUCAAAGAAAAAUAAUUGGUUUCCACAGCACAGUUCAUUGCUGCUGCUACACUGUAGCCAUCUAUAUAAUCUAAGCUAAAUAGUGUUAUAUUCCUGAAUAGCGACAGUAGGACUAUUUGUGUAGGCUGUAAAAAUGUCAGGCCUAGAAUCAAAUAGUGUAAUACUAAACACACAGAUCAAUCUGAUGCCAGUACUUCCACUGAGCAUUACUACCAGCUAAAGAAUACGAAAAUGGAAAGAAAAAUCUACAGAUUAACCCCUCAAGGUAUAUACACCCCAAAAUAGUCCAUUUCGUUAGGAACUUUAUAAUGGA